UAUCAAACAUCAACGGAUGCAAUAUCCUGGUCUCAACCAACUUGUGGUGUACUUGGUGCAUUCAACUAUCUUUUCAUCUCUCUAAAUUUGACACUUUAUAGCGCUAUAAGCAUAACCACAUAUCUUCGAGUAUGCCGAGAAAUUUAUAUUGAUUUUGGAAAAUAUGAUUAUAAGUUGUGGUUAAUGGUGCUUCUAUUUUCGGGAAUAUUUCAAUCGAUUGUCGAUCAAAAAUAUUGGUGUUCUACGAAAUAUGACAGCUCAACUCUUCUUGAUGCGGCAAGAAAUAAUGUCUAUAGGCCGCGUGAAUCCAACAAUCAUAAUUCUAGAAAUUCUAAUUUCUAUGGUCGAGGUCUUCGAAAUUUCUUUAGGUGCAAUUUUAAUUUUAAUAUUCGAGGUAUUGUCAACAUUCGAAAGUUUAGAAAGAGCAUCAGUACCAACAAUCAAAGACGGAGGCGUUCCGAAAUAUCAAGGAGGCGGAGUGAAUUGGAAAAGCGUGCGUUGAAUAAAGUGUUGAGUUAUCUUCUUGUGUUCAUUAUACAGUGGCUUCCGGUGCAAAUUUACGCACUGACCAAUGUGUUUCAGGUGCAUUCUGCUUGGCUUUACAUUAUUUGCGUUGUAGGAAUACACUCUGGUGGGACGGGCAAUGCAAUAACGUACGUGAUGAACGAAGGCUGGAAACCUCAUGAAACUCCAUCCUCUAGAUGGGCGACGAUGAAUGAUUCACCAUCGGCCAAGAACGUGAACCCGCCACCACCGUCGUCGUCCUGUAAUCAUCAGAGCGAACAUUCACUAUCUCAUUCAACCCCACAAUUCAUAUUUCAUUCGCAAGAUGAUAGUGGUAUUGGUGCCGGCGUUGUUGAAUCCAUUCAACAACCUCAAGAGAUUCACAUGGAUCCUUGUCAACAAAAAUAUGAUUCUCAUCAAUUGGAUCUUCGCCAGCCGUCAUCACCCACAUUCCAACUUCUUGGAAACAAUCCGCACAAUCGUCGUAAUUCUCAAAAAUAUCGUCACA